AUGGCAAGUCACGGUGAGGACCAGAUCCCACACCAUUUUGACCGAAAUGCAGAGGAACUGAAUUCACACUCUUCAUAUCUGGACCAGGAAAGUUCUCACUUUAUUAACGCUGAGGGAGAAAGCAUACAGGGGUCGCACAACGAUCAGGAGAUCAGGAAUCCACAGACCAGGCUGAGCGACUUCCCUGCUGAAAAAAACAACAGACCUGCUGACGUACACGAUACAGAAGAGGAGGUGGAAAAAGAUCAGCCUUUAGAAGAUGGAGAGGAGCUGAGGCACCUCGAUUCUGGUUCUGACAGUGUCAUGGAUGACGGAGAGACUGGGACGCACUCUUUAAACGCAGGAGGGUUUUGUAAAGACUCGGCGGAGUCCGACUGCCCUGAGAUCACUGAUCACGUCUCUCAGAUUCCAGCUCAAAACCAACACCGCUUCGAAUCUACCUCAACUGUGUUACACUCAUGGGGAAGUGCGGCAAGCUCAGAACCUGAGAGUGAGGGUGUGAGCCAAAUUCAUGUAAAGAAGGAGGAGGAGGAUGUAUCCCCCUCGAAUAAAGAACACCGCAAUCACGAGACCAGUUACAUCCUGCCGUCUGAUCUAAACCCAGUCUCUCCAAUAGAUCAGAGUUCAAUCGUAGAUUCUCUCAGGACUAUGGAGACUUCAGAUGCGCCCGAUUUGUCGUACGAUGGGCAGACUGGGAGGCAGCGAGUUCUUAACGGACGUGAAAGACGUUUCCUGUGCGUCCUCUGCGGAAAGAGUUUUGACCGGCUGAGCCACCUGGACCGGCAUCAACGCAUUCACACUGGAGAGAAACCAUACAGCUGCGGGACAUGUGGGAGACGAUUCACGCAAAAAAGCAGCCUGAAGGGCCACAUGAGAACCCACACGGGCGAACAGGGCUUUAGCUGCGCCCUUUGCGGGAUGAGUUUCCCAACACGAGCCAGUCAGUACAGACAUCAGUGCAAUUAG